AUGGAGGAUGGUGUUCGGAUCUUAGUAGGGUUACCAGAUCAAAUGGUCAAAGGUCAAAGAUUAGUGGGAACAGAAGUUGUAAAUAUUGAGGAGAUGGUUGCCAUAUUCCUGCAUAUCUUAGCCCAUGAUGUUAAGAACAGAGUAGGUCGUAGACAGUUCGUUAGGUCUGGUGAAACAGUUUCUAGGCAUUUCAACUCCAUUCUCAAUGUCGUUUUACGACUACAUGAAGAUUGUCUAGGUGCGUUAAAUGAUAUGUACAUAAAGGUCAACAUGAAUGCCAUUGAUCAACCAAGGUGGGAAGGUUCUGCAGCUGCUUCUCGUGUACUUAGAGAUGUAAUAUCACGACCUAACAAAUUGAAGAUUCUCAAGGGGUAUUGUUAUCUAUGUGAUGGUGGGUACCCAAAUGCGAAGGGCUUUUUGGUACCAUAUAGAGGAGAACGAUAUAACCUUUCGGAAUGCCGUGGAGGAGGGAAUGCACCAACAACUGCAAGAGAAUUUUUUAACAUGAAACACUCUUAUAUGAGGAAUGUUAUCGAGAGGGCAUUUGGGCUGUUGAAAGGGAGACGAGCAAUACUCUGUAGAAAAUCCUACUACCCCAUGCAAGAUGAAACUCAGAUAAUCACGACGUGUUACCUUCUUCAUAAUCUUAUUAAUAAGGAGAUGAAUACUGGCGAAAUGGCUGAGGAUCUAGACGAGAUGGACUCACAUUCUUCUACCAUUAGUGGGGACGAGUUCAAUUAUAUUGAGAGUUCAAACGAAUGA